AUGGAGUCGACUACUUUGAACGGGAGAAUGGUUAGAUGGCAGAUUUUGCUUUCUGAAUUUGACGUAGUGUAUGUAAGCCAAAAGGUCGUGAAAGGAAGUGGAAUAACUGACUUUCUAACUAGCAGAGGCUUGGAGGAUUAUGAUCCUUUGAACUUUGAUUUUCCAAACGAGGACUUGAUGUAUGUGGCAACCACUGACGGAAAUUCCCAAAUAGAUCAUAUGUGGAAGCUAAAAUUUGAUGGAGCCUCAAAUGCUAUGGAAUAUGAAGCAUGUAUUAUGGGCAUUCGUGCAACUAUUGAACGUAAAAUCAAAGUGCUAAAAAUGUAUGGGGAUUCUGCAUUGGUGAUAUAUCAACUCAAAGGAGAAUGGGAAACAAGAGACCCUAAACUGAUCAGUUAUCGAAAGAUGGUUCUUGAAUUAAUGGACGAGUUUGAUGACACCACUUUCUGUUAUCUCCCACGAGACGAAAACCAGAUGGCUGACGCAUUGGCCACCCUAGCCUCUAUGAUCCAAGUGAACAAGUUAGAGGACAUGAAGCCUAUUCAAAUGAGUAUUUUUGAAACCCCGGCUCAUUGCUAUAGUAUUGAGGAAGAGGAAAAAGAUGACCAUCCUUGGUACCUGAAUAUAUUGCAAUAUGUGAAAAAUUGUGAGUAUCCAGAUCAGGCGACAAAGAAUGAUAAGAGAGUAUUGAGAAGAAUAGCCAUUGACUAUAUCCUAGACGGGGAAAUCCUAUACAAAAAAGGGAAGGAUACGGUACUGUUAAGAUAUGUGGACGCAAUGGAAGCUAGAAAAAUACUAGAAGAGGUCCAUGAGGAGAGGAUCAUAUCCGAUAAUGCGCUGAGUUUGAACAAUAACACAAUAGUGGAGGUCUGCAGUCAAUUCAAGAUCAAACAUCAUAACUCGUCGCCAUACUGCCCAAAGAUGAAUGGCACGGUAGAAGCAGCUAAUAGAAAUAUCAAGAAAAUUAUGGGGAAAAUGACUGAGACUUACAAAGACUAG